AGGCGCUGUCCGGUCUGGUAGACCGCUACACUGAGCUCAGCAAGCGAAGGGUGGGCCUGGAGCUGGCGCAGCAGACGGCGGCCUGGGCCCACAGCACCAAGUGCAAGCCGCUCAAGACGACCCAGUUCGGGCUGCACCUGCCUUGCCACGAGAGCUUCUCGGACACCAUGCGCACAUACCGCGAGCUCCAGCAGAAGCCAGCCUGCACAGUGGGCGCCUCGCUGCCGCUGCGGCCGGCCUCGCUGCAGCCGAUGGCCGCCGGAGCGCUCGCGGCGGGGGUGGCCGCGACCCAAAGAGCUGCCCAGCGGCAGCCCGGCCGCGCGGGCAGCGGGCGCGGCGGCGGGGCGUUCCUGUGAGGCGCGCGCGGGGCGG